AACCAUGGCAUCAAUAGAAAUGCACUCAUUUACACGUGACAUGCAGCCUCUAAUGGAAGAAUCUGCCAACAAUUUCACCGAAGAAAAAGUGAACACGGCCUUUGGAGCUAUCAAAGUGUCGAUUUACGGAGACCGUAACGAUCCGAAAAAGGUUCCGAUGGUCACUUUUCAUGAUCUUGGGCUUGAUUCGGAAAGCAAUUUCCAAAACUUUUUCCAAUUCGUGUCGAUCGCCGAAUUCGCCGACAAAUUCUGCAUCUACAAUGUGAAUGCUCCGGGACAGGAAAUGGAUGCUCAGCCGCUUCCGGAAAAUUUCACCUACCCAACAAUGGACGGAAUCGCAAAAACGAUCGAAUCAGUCGCCGAUCACUUCAAACUCAAUCAGUUCAUCGGAUUUGGCGUGGGCGUUGGUGCAAACGUACUUCUAAGAUACGCAGCUCAAAACCAGAACCGCGUCAUCGCUCUCGUCCUCGUCAAUUGCUGUUCUGGAAAGUCGGGAUGGGUCGAGUGGGGAUAUGAGAAAUGGAAUACAUCGUAUCUUCGUAAAGUUGGCAUGACAAAAUUCACUGUGGAUUAUCUGAUGUGGCAUCAUUUUGGCAGAAAUUAUGAUCGUUGCAGUCCGGAUAUCGUUCGUCAGUAUCGUGUCUUCUUCCAGCACCUUCCGAAUCCGAAUAGCCUCGCCGAAUUCAUUGAAUCCUACAUUCAACGGACCCCACUCCCUAUCUCACGUGACGGAACCACCGGUGUUCAGCUUAAAGUCCCUGUGCUCCAGCUCGUCGGAGCCGGAAGCGCUCACGUUGAGGAUACGGUAGAGGUGAAUACGAAGUUGGACCCGGCACACGCCGAUUGGAUUAAGAUAUCCGAUUCGUGUGGUCUUGUGCUUGACGAUCGACCGGACGCUGUGACGGAGAGCAUGAUGCUCUUUUUGCAGGGAUUGGGAUAUUUUCCGACGCUUAAUGUGAUGAAGAUGACGAAAAAGAUGCAGGAGACGCAGAAUGGAGGCUUUGCUGCCGUUGCUAGCAGUGCUAAUGAAUGUUGAUUGUAUUUUCUCUUUUUUAGGGGAAAUUUGACUGAAAAUUUGAAUUAAAAAAAAAAAAGAAAAAUGCCAAAGAGUUCCGAUGGGGUGAGGCUGAGCCAGAAUUGUAGUUUGUAGUUUCUGAGCCUCACCCAAAUUUUGAAGCGAUUUUCGUGGAAAAUACAUUUAUUUUGGUCGAAUCCAAAUAUUUUUUUUGCGGAAAAAUCGAAUUUUUCAAUUUUCAAACUUUUGUUUUCUAAAAGUCAUGUUUUUUGAAUAAAAAAUCGAAAAAUCGACCAAAAACUGCGAAAACCAUCCACUGAUUUGGUUGAGGCUCAGAGACUACAAACUACAAAUAUUCCACAGCCUCAACCAAGGCUUUUCGUUUAAAAACUCGAAUUUUCAGUAGAUUUUUCCCGAUUUUCAUCUACUUUUCCCCAAAUUUCAAAUGUAUUUUCACCAUUCUAUCCUAAAUUUUAAAGAAAAAUGCCAAAAAAUUCCAAUUGAGUGAGGCUGAGCCAGAAUUGUAAUUUGUAGUUUCUGAGCCUCACCCAAAUUUUGAAACACUUUUCGUGGAAAAUUCGUUAAUUUUAGACGACUUUUUAUUUUUUUUUUGCUGAAAAAUCGAAAUUGUAGCAUUUUUCAUAGAAUUUUUCUAUAUUCAAGCUUUUCAUGUGGAAAAAUCUGAAAAUUAUCAGAUUUCUAUGAAAUAUUUCUUUCAUGAAAUUUCGUCGAAUUUACACAUUAUUUUUCGAAAAUGCUAGCUUUUUCCCAGAUUUUAGACAAUUUUCGCGAGAAAAAUCGACUAAAAACUACGAAAACCAUAGCUAAAACCAUCCACUGAUUUGGUUGAGGCUCAGAGACUACAAACUACAAAAAUUCCACAGCCUCACUCAACAAUUUUUCGCUUAAAAACUCGAAUUUUCAGUCGAUUUUUCCCGAUUUUCAUCUACUUUUCCCCAAAUUUAAAAUGUAUUUUCUCAAUUUUUGUCCUCAUUCUACACCUUUCUUUCGAAAAUUCCGCUACUUCUGUCUCUCCCCGCUCUCUCUACCGCAUGUGUGAUCACCAUUCUUUCUCUUUAGCUUUAUUUCGUAGAAGCAGCAACGCCAUAUAAUAAUUAAAAAUCGUCGUUAUUUUUCUUGAAAUUCUCUACGCAUUUUACCCCAUUUUUUCGUGUUUUAUCUCAAUACGAUUCCUCUGCAAUGCCUUUUUUUGCGUUUCCUUUCAAUAAAAUGAGAUUUUUAU